UAUUUGUUUACCAUUUUAUAAUAGAUUAAUAUAAAUUCUAAUGAUAAUAUGGAAUCUAUAUUUCAUGAGAAACAAGAAGGUUCUCUUUGUGCACAACACUGUUUAAACUCUUUAUUACAAGGGCCAUAUUUCAAUGCUGUAGAUUUAGCAUCAUUUGCACAUGAACUGGAUGAAGCAGAAAGAAGUACAAUGGCAGAAGGAAAUAUUGAUUCUUUGGAAUAUAAAGAGUUUAUCAAACAACCUUCUUUUAACAUGGAUGACAGUGGUUACUUUUCAAUACAAGUAAUUUGUAAAGCUCUCUCUGUUUGGAACCUUGAUGUUAUUCCUUUUAAUAGUAAUGAAGCUGAAAAUGCUAGAAAAAAUCCAGUUGAUGAAAUGGCUUACAUAUGCAAUCAGCAAAAUCAUUGGCUUACUAUUCGAAAAUUGGGCAAGCAGUGGUUUAAUUUAAAUUCCAUUAAAGCAUGGCCUGAGCUUAUAUCAGAUACUUAUCUUAGUAUGUUACUGGCACAAUUACAGACAGAGGGGUAUUCAAUAUUUGUUAUUCGAGGAGUGUUUCCAGAAUGUGAAGCUGAACAGCUUUUCUUUUUGUGUGGAGGAGUUACUAAACAAGAAUAUGAACUAUUUGAUGCAAAGCAGCGAUCUUUGAUUAAAACACAUUCAAAAAAAAACAAUAAGACUUCAGAAGCAGAAAAGUGUUGCAGUAGUUUUGAAGAAGAAGUUAAUCCUGAUUUACUUCGCAAUAAACGUGUUGAAUAUUUUGAAAAACAGUUGCAUCUAACAGAUGUAUCUGAUAAAAAUUUUACUGGUAAUAGUCCAGGUUUGGAAAACGAGUUAACAGAUGAGGAAAAAUUAAAGGCUGCAAUAGAAAUGUCAUUACAGCCAAUCGAAUAAGAUUAUAAUGCUGCACACUGUUGUAUAAUAAUUCUAUGUUUUGUUUUA